AUGGCUUCCUCAUCUGGCAAUGAUGAUGAUCUCACUAUACCUAGAGCUGCUAUCAAUAAGAUGAUCAAAGAGACUCUCCCCAACGUCCGGGUGGCCAACGAUGCCCGGGAGCUGGUGGUGAACUGCUGCACUGAAUUCAUUCACCUUAUAUCUUCUGAAGCCAAUGAGAUUUGCAACAAAUCAGAAAAGAAGACCAUCUCACCCGAGCAUGUCAUACAAGCACUAGAAAGUUUGGGCUUUGGCUCUUACAUCAGUGAAGUAAAAGAAGUCUUACAAGAAUGCAAGACUGUAGCAUUAAAAAGAAGAAAGGCCAGUUCUCGUUUGGAAAACCUUGGCAUUCCUGAAGAAGAGUUAUUGAGACAGCAGCAAGAAUUAUUUGCAAAAGCUAGACAGCAACAAGCAGAAUUGGCCCAGCAGGAAUGGCUUCAAAUGCAGCAGGCUGCCCAACAAGCACAGCUUGCUGCUGCCACAGCCAGCGCAUCUAACCAGGCUGGAUCUUCUCAGGAUGAAGAAGAUGAUGAUGAUAUCUGAAAUUUACCAGCUGAGUUUCUAUUUCCUCUAUAAAUGUUUUUCCCUGCACAAGAAAACAGUGAAAGAAAUGCUUAUCUGUAAUUUUGUAUGCAUCUUGGUGGACUUGCCAUUGGUAUUCUAGGGAUGUCUGCUGUUAAGUUUCAUCUAUUGUGUGCUAUUCAUGUAAAAACUGUCUCUUUGAACUAUUGAAAAUUUAAGAUUCAGUAUAAUAUCAAUUUUGAAUUUUUAAUGGUGUUUAUGAAAUUUUAGAUAGCAGUGAGUCCUUUAUUUGAUCAAUAAACAGUGUUACAGAAAAUGUCAAGUUUAUAAAAAUACAGUGAAAUUUAUACAGAAACUCUAAAUCUGCAUUUGCAUUUCCUCUGCCCUUUUAACUAGACUAAAAAUUGGGAAUUUUAAAUUAUUGGGGGGAGGGUGUUGUGUAAUGCAGUAGAUGUUAGAUCAGGAUGGUGAAAAAACAAAGAGUUCAGUUUUGUAGUAUCUGAAUUUUUUGUCUUUUAAAAUGAGUGUAUAUAUAUAUAGGCAAUAAAUAUAUAUGCUCAGAUAAAUAUGCUUGUUUAAAAAAAUCUCAAAAUGACAUCCAAAAACUUAGGAAGGAGUAUGUUCAAUAGUAGUUCUAUGAAUUCGGUGGGUUAUGUUUUUGAUUUUGUUUUUGUUUUAUGUAGAGGUAAAAACUACAGUUUUAUUAUGGCAUAAUUCAUCUUGAGCUAUGCUAUUACAUUUCAAAGACUGCCCAAUUUUGAGGACUGUCACGAUUCUUACUAUUUCACUCCAAUAAUUGUUAAUAGUAUUACUUGCUUAGUCUAUCCAUCUUUAUUGGAACUUGUGAAACAAUUGCUUAGGUUCCAUUGGUUUAAUGGAGAUUCAUGAAUAUCAAACCUUUGCUGGGGGAAAGAAAUGAAAGUUAAUAAGCAUGCUUACUAUAAAAGAGGGAUUUUUUUUGUAAUUUAACUGAUAGUUAUAGUUUACUUAUUGUUUGUUUUUAGCAUUACUUUUACAUUUUCUUGACUAGAUGGCCUAGAGUGUCCAGUGCUUCCUUUUGAAAUGGCAUCAUUAUCUCCAUCAUAAUUGAGUGAUAGCUUUAAAAAUGAUUGGUUUUAUUUUGUUUAAGAAAGCGUGUCAUAACUGAUCAGCCCUAUAUGAAACAUAAAUAGUUUCAACCUACUCAUUAAAAGGGAGAAGCUUUAAUUUGGUUCCACUAAAUAAAGUAUGGUAGUGAUUUUUAUAGGAAUCCAGUGUAUUGAAGAAAUGGCAUAUUGUUUGUACUUUGGAAACAGAAUGGAAAAGCCACUUUAAGAUAGUAUAAAGUAAUCUAAAUUCCUAUGUCAGUUGCCAAAUCAUUUAAAUUUGUAUAUUCACCAAGUCCAAGGAUAAAUUGUGGUUGCUGGGAUUCAGUUUUAAUUGGAGAGCUAAAUAAGUAAAGUUUAUAAGUAUUAGAUUUCUUAAAGGUCUUAUUUUGCAGUUUUAGAAAAAGUGAAAUAUUAGCAUACGUUUAUUAAAUACACUUCCCCCAUGCCAUGAAAAGGUUAAUUUUGCUGAAUGUUUUAAGUUGAAGUUGAUAUUGUAUCCAUGAAGUGCUUUGGACAAGAUAGAAGGGGUUGUUUUUUUAAAAGUUUAAGUACCAAAGGUAGUCUAGUCUAAGAAAUAAUAAGUUAAUAAGUGUUGGCUUUUCUAAUUUGUACUGUAACAUCCUUAUUCUUUCUAUUUUAAGUAUAUCUGUUUCUUAAGUAAACAACUUAGAUAUUUUUCCACUUUUUUUUCCCUGAUGCAGAGUCCAGGUUAAUUAAUAUUUUACUGCAUCUGAUAAUGUAUUAUAUGUUUGAAGCCUAGUGACUUUUCAUUUUGACAUUCUUGUGAUUUCAUAUGCUGUAUUCUUCAAGCAAUAAAAUCUGAUGUGUUUUAUAAA